AUGCCCGCAUCAGAGGCCAGCGAUGACUUCGGUGACGAUGACUUCAUUGUCGACAUUGACUCCAUCCAAGCCCACGGAAUUGGCGCCGCAGAUAUCACCAAACUUAAGGCGAACGGGUUCUACACUAUUGCCUCCAUUCACGGAGCGACCAGAAAGACUCUGUUGAAGAUCAAGGGUUUCAGUGAGAUCAAGGUGGAAAAGGUCAAGGAGGCCGUCGCCAAAUGCCUGCCCUCUGCUUCUGGAUUCAUUACAGCAAUGGAGUUGAGCCACCAGCGGAAAAGAGUUGUCCGUAUCUCAACCGGCAGCAAGCAGUUCGACUCGAUUCUCGGAGGUGGCUUUCAGAGUAUGAGCAUAAGCGAAGUCUUCGGGGAGUUCCGCUGCGGCAAAACCCAGCUCUCGCAUACCAUGUCGGUUAUUGCGCAACUUCCAAAAGAAAUGGGUGGUGCUGAGGGUAAAGUUGCCUACAUUGACACAGAGGGCACGUUUCGUCCGGAGCGUAUCGGCCAGAUCGCAGAACGAUUUGGAGUCGACCCUGACUCUGCAAAAGAGAACAUUGCCUACGCCCGUGCUCUGAACAGCGAGCACCAACUGGAGCUGCUCAACACUCUCAGCAAGGAAUUCGUGGGAGGAGAAUACAGGCUGUUGAUUAUUGACAGUAUCAUGAACUGCUUCCGUGUCGAUUUCUGUGGGCGUGGUGAGCUGGCGGACCGGCAGCAGAAACUAAAUCAGUUUCUGAUGAAGCUCGCUCAUAUGGCCGAAGAGUUCAACGUGUGCGUCCUUAUGACAAAUCAAGUCCAAAGCGAUCCUGGUGCAAGUGCCCUCUUUGCUGGGGCUGACGGCCGUAAGCCUGUUGGUGGGCACGUCCUAGCUCACGCUUCUACGACUCGCGUUUUGCUCCGGAAGGGUCGUGGCGAGGAGCGUGUUGCAAAGAUACAGGACUCCCCUGACUGUCCUGAGAGGGAGGCGACGUAUGUGAUCACCAAUGGGGGAAUCAACGAUCCAGAGAAGGUGUAA